AUGGCGUCGUACAUACAAGGUUAUGACGAGGAGAGGUUUGUGACCACAAUCAGUCGAAACUUCCUCUGUUUGAUUUGCUUCAAUGUCCUUAAAGACCCGGUUCUGUGUCCAAAAAAUCAACAUUGUUUCUGUCGAGGCUGUAUUACGAAACAUCUCGAGAAUUCUCGAAGAUGCCCUACGUGUGCGGACGAACUGACCGUAGAGACUUUGACCGAACCACCACGAAUGGUAAAAGAUUGUAUAAAUGAACUGAAUAUUCAUUGCAUUUACAUCGACAGAGGUUGUCAAGAGAUCCUACAAUUAGAGAAUCUUGAACGCCACGAGGCUACAUGUGGAUUUACACCAGCCGUUUGUACAAACCAAGGCUGUGGUGUAACUUUAAACCAGCGUGAUCUUAUUCACCAUCAAAGUGAACUAUGUGAAUUUCGCAAGUUGAAGUGCCACUCCUGCGGAGAAAUGACAAAAACGUUGGCAGAUAUGGAGGAAAGAAUGACGAAUGUCGAGAAGAAUAUAGCAACGAAUAUGGUCAGAAAGGAGACUAUGGUUACCAUGGAAACCCACAUGAAGAAUAUGCAAACGAAUAUGGCAAAUAUGGAAACACGUAUGGCGAAUGUGGAGAGGAAUAUGGUCGGCAUAAAAACAUAUAUGGAAGGCAAAUUUGAAGGAUUGAAAACAGCUUUGAUUGAAGGUUUUGAUGAAAUGAAGGAUGUUCUUGUCAAGAUGGAGGACAAGAUAGAAGAAAACCCAAGAAAAGUAAGAAAUACAGCAAGUGGUGAUAAGGAAAAUAUAAUUGUUGCUGGAGGUGUAGGAACUGACUCUGUAGAGAUGUUUAACUGGCGUCAAAGAACAUGGUCGCCAUUACAAUCAUUGCCAAAGACGCGUGAAGGAGCGACUUCAUUUGUUCACAACAAUCAUGUGACAAUUGCUGGAGGUUACUGUUUUGACUAUGUUGAUGAUAUGAUUAGAAUGAAUAUCAACCCAAACCCUGAUCUCUCAAUGCACUGGAGUGAUUGUCCUGUUAAACUACCUACUAAGUUGACAUGCCACAGCAGUGUGUUGUAUAAUGAUCACUUAUUAGUUUCUGGCGGUGGUGAAAGAAAGGGAGCAUCUGACUAUAUUCAUGAAGUCCAGCUAGUUUCUUCAUAUACUGUGAAGACCUUAUCAAGAAUGCCAGAACCAAGACGGGAUCACAGCACGCAAUUAUUUGAUGAUAACUUGUUGAUCGUUGGUGGAAGAACAACUAACAGAUACCAAGACAGCCUCAGCAGUGUCGUACUGUAUGAUAUAAAGAAGAAUAAAUAUAAACAGUUGGCACCACUGCCGUAUGAAGUGAGUGAGAUGGCAACUGUGAGAUGGGGAGCCAACAUUGUUGUUAUAGGCGGCGUUGAUAAACAUGGCAAAGCAUUAGAUACAGUUAUCAUUUACAAUGUCAAGACUGAACAAAGUCACUUGCUGUCACGAAUGAGAUGUAAGAGACGGGGAUGUACUGCAGUUGUUAUUGGAAACAACAUUGUAGUACUGGGAGGUCAGGAUGGCCAACAACAUGUCUUAAAGUCAGUUAAAGCUUUCAACUUUGGAAGUAAUACAUGGCAAGAACUUCCAGAAAUGUCUCAAGCAAGAUGGUUGCACACUGUU